UAACAGCCCUCCAAAGGGGGCUUUUCUGGCCGGGAUUUCUAACGGAACCAAAGGCCCGGGCGUCCAAAGCUCUUCUCUAGGGAGACCGCGCUUCCCCCGGAACGGGCCGGGAUCUGAAAGGGACCGCGGAGCAACAGGAAAUGCAGUCUCUUAAAGGGGCCGCAACCCGCUUCACCCGGAUUCAAACUGGCGGAAUAGCCUUAGUCACAGGCCCGAGGACGCUCCGCAAUCGCCCCGCCCCGCGUCAGGGGCUCCGGCCCAGGCCGGCUCAGCGGGCGGGCGCCGCCCCAAGGCACGAGGACGCCCCGGCUCGGGGCGUGGGGAGGAAGCUCCAGGUGCCGCGGGUUCCGCAGCGCGGCCGGACCCGCCCAGGGGGGAUUCGCGGGAUGGGCUGGGAAAGAAGCGGAAGAUUCGCGGUUCCCCAGAAAUCUCCCGGCGCCCCCCGGGGGCUCCCGCUUCCCCGACAGGAGGCGCCCGAGGCAGCCUCUUAGAAACAAACAGGGGCUUUUACCCCUUCUCAGCGGGGCUGAAGAAGGCGCUUCCAGGGGGGCCAGAGCCCCGGGUUUCAGGCGGAAGCUCGGAGGGAGCCUCCCUGCCCCCCAACGGACGCAGGAAGGAGCAGCUGCCCCGGGGAAAUGUCCAAAGGAACAGAAACGGCCUCAAACCCGCCGCGGGCCCGGAGGGGGCUGAGCACGAGCGCGGGUCUCUCCCGGGCCCCCCUCACGGAAGGGGGGGAGGGCAGAAGGCCCCGGGACAAGGGGACCGAGCCCACAUUUACAAAUAUGCAAAUGAUCUAACUCAGAACUUCCACAGGCACUUUCCCAUGGGGAAUUUCCCAUCACAUCUGGGUCUCUUUCCUGUAAGGGCCCCACGUUCCAUCCCCAGCUCAUCCCCAAAAGCUCGGGAAGCUGCGGGAAAGAAGCGGGGGCGGAGCCAGGAAUAGAAGGAAUGGGAUGAAGUCUUCACUGCGUCAAAGAAGGCCUCCUAGUGACGUCACGCCCCUCACACCCCUCCCGGGUCCUUGGGCUGCUGAGCCGCAGGGCAUGCCGGGAGUCCCCUGGGGUGCGGCGCUGCUUCCGGGGUCACUGUUUUAUUUCGGUUCUUCCUUCAGUGCUGGGGGAGUGGGAAAGGGCAGGAGGAGGGGUAAAUGGGGGGGGGGGGGGGGAAAGCUGUGCGCAGGCGCGGCCUGGCACGUCCCUCUUCCUUCCUAAGGCCCCUCCUCUUCCUCACUAGCUGGGGGCCGGUGCUGUGGCUGAGUCUGUUGCGCGUGUGCAGGCCGAGUGUGGGGCGCGUGCAGCAGAAGGUGCCGGCGCAGUUGUGCACAGCGCAGUUGUGCAAAGUGCGGUAGCUGCGAGGGGGGGGCGUGUAGCCGAGCUGCUGCUGGUGCGUAGGUCAGUGUCCAGCCUGGGCAGAGAAGCCUCAGACCCUGGCCUCCCUCUCUGGGGUCCUUCUCCCUCCCCAGACCAGCUGGAACAGGACCCAAGCCCGGAACCAGAGACAUGGCUCCUGGUACUCGGAGCCCCUCGUCCCAGAGGUCGGGCACUUACAACCUAGGUCGGCUGCCUGACCUCCGUGACUUCCUGGCUGAGACCUACCUGGGGAAUGCAAGCACAGUACUGGAUUUCUGGGAGAGGUAGUGUCCCAAUUAAUUCUCUCUCACAGAACAUAUUCCAUUAAUAAGCUCACUUUAUGAGAACAGAUAAAGCUUCAUCACUUGUUUGGAAAGAGUCUCAUAUGAGCCAGUUGACAUCAUAUUCUCUUUAAAAUUCUUUUUCUGCUUCCAUCUAGUUUCGAUUUCAUUUUAGACUCAUGGGAAAUUUGCUAGAUAAUUUCUUUGUUCUCUCCUCAGUGAUCACUGCUAAUGGUUUCUACCCCAGAAUACACAGUAUUUACCAGGUUCUCCCAAACUCUUUAUAGAUUUUUUUAAAAAAUAUAAUCACUUAUGACCCUUCUUGUGGGGAUGAUUGUUACAUCAUCCUUUCUCUUUCACCUCUACAGGUUCUAUAGAAUUCAUACAUUCUCCCUAAUUCCAUUGGGAGAAGCAUUUUAUAGUGAGAGAUUUUUACAACCUUUAUUAUCCAACAUGACUCUCAUUUCAAAUGGAAAAUGCUUUUCUCAAUAUUCCACUGGGCUCUUAAUGCCUGGUUCCAAGUGUGGGCUCUAACACUCCUAAAGAUUAUAAGAGUUUUAGGCAGUUCCCAUCUCUGCUUCAGUUUCCUCCUUUAAGUUGUUGAAGGUUGUAUUAGAUGAGUUCUGGAGGAUCUUUCUCACUGAAUCAAGUGAUUUUUGAUGGUUUAGGAGUUGGUGACAUUCAAGGAUAUUAUGGUGGACUUCACCAAGGAGGAAUGGGGGUUCCUGGACCCUUCUCAGAAGGAGCUGUACAAGGCGGUCACGCUGGAGAAUAUUCAAAAUCUGCUGUCCCUUGAUGUAGAAAAUGGUUUCAAAGUAAAUGAGAUGAAUAAAAAGCUGGGAAUUUUUCUGGAAGAACAUGACCUACGAAGAUUCAUGGAUGAUAGUCCCUGUGACUUCAAUUUCAAGGAAAUGAAUGAUUUUAUUCUCAAAGUAGACAGAUACCCAAAGAGUGAUUGUGAAUUUUAUGAAAUUGGAAAGAGAUUCAGAUGGUCUUCUAUCCUAAAUCACUGUAAGAAGAUGACCUCAGGAAGUGAUUAUCUUCAAGGUAGUGAAUACAAGAAAUGUUUCACUGAAGAGGUAGAGCUGUUGGUUCCAGGUAAUCAAUGGGAUAUCGCUGUGAAAUGCAGUUCAGACCUCAGUGGCCAUCAGAAAAGCGAUAGUGAAGAAAUGCUUUCCAUAAGUGAUAAAAGUGAGAAGGUUGUCAGUCAGAGCUCUAAUCUCCUUACUCAUCCACAAAUGUGUAUUAGAAAAGAAUCCAGUGAAUAUAAUGUAGGUGAAGUAACCUCAUCCUAUCACUCAUCUCUUCCUUAUCAUCCUGGAAUGAAAAGAUAUGGAUAUGAUCAGUAUGGGAAAGCCUUUGCUUGGAAUCCAGCUCUUGCUAGUCCUCAGAAGGCUCAUAUUGGAGAGAUGUCUCAUAAAUGUACUAAAUGUGGGGGAGCUUUCUAUUAUGGAUCAUUCCUGUUUGACCAUCAGAGAAUCCACCCUAUAGAGAAACCUUAUUUAUGUCUUCAGUGUGGAAAGCCUUCCAUAUGCAAUGAAUGUGGGCAAACUUUUACAGAUCUCUCCACUCUAGCAAAACAUAAGAAAACUCACAUUGGAGAGAAGGCUUUUGAAUGUAAUCAGUGUGGAAAGACUUUUAAACGCAGCUCCCAUCUUGCUAGACAUCAGGGAAUCCACAGUGGAGAGAAACCUUUUAAAUGUAAUCUGUGUGAAAAGACUUUCACACAGAGUUCCAAUCUUGGUUUACAUCAGAGAAAGCACACUGGAGAGAAACCUUUUACAUGUAAUCUGUGUGGAAAGGCUUUUAGAUUCAAUUACAGGCUUGCAGAACAUCAGAGAAUCCACACUGGAGAGAAACCCUUUAAAUGUAAUCAAUGUGGAAAGACUUUUAGAUGCAACUCAAAUCUUACUGCACAUCAGAGAAUCCACACUGGAGAGAAACCUUUUAAAUGUAAUCAGUGUGGAAAGGCUUUCACACAGAGUUCCAGUCUUGCUUUACAUCAGAGAAUCCACACUGGAGAGAAACCUUUUAAAUGUAAUCAGUGUGGAAAGGCUUUCACAAACAGUUCCAGUCUUGCUUUACAUCAGAGAAUCCACACAGGAGAGAAACCUUUUAAAUGUAAUCAGUGUGGAAAGGCUUUCAAACAGACUGCCCAUCUUGCUUUACAUCAGAGAAAUCAUACUGGAGAGAAACCUUUUAAAUGUAAUCAAUGUGGAAAGGCUUUCAUACAGAGUUACAAUCUUGCUUUACAUCAGAGAAAUCAUACUGGUGAGAAACCUUUUAAAUGUAAUCACUGUGGAAAGGCUUUCAGAUUCUCCUCCAGUCUUGUUAAACAUCAGAGAAUUCACGCUAGAGAGAAACCAUUUAAAUGUAAUCAGUGUGGAAAGACAUUCAUAUAUAAUUACAAGCUUGUAGAACAUCAGAGAAUCCACACUGGAGAGAAACCUUUUAAAUGUAAUCACUGUGGAAAGGCUUUCAGAUUCUCCUCCAGUCUUGUUACACAUCAGGGAAUCCACACUAGAGAGAAACCUUUUAAAUGUAAUCACUGUGGAAAGGCUUUCAGAUUCUCCUCCAGUCUUGUUACACACCAGAGAAUCCACACUGGAGAGAAACCUUUCAAAUGUAAUCAAUGUGGAAAGGCUUUCAGAUCCUCCUCUAAUCUUAGUACACAUCAGAGAAUUCACACAGGAGAAAAACCUUUUAAAUGUAAUCAAUGUGGAAAGGCUUUCACACAGAUUGCUAAUCUUACUGGACAUCAGAAAAUCCACACAGGAGAGAAACCUUUUAAAUGUAAUCAAUGUGGGAAGGCUUUUAAACGCAACUCCCAUCUUACUAAACAUCAGAGAAUCCACAUUGGAGAGAAACCUUUUAAAAUUUAAACACAGUGGAAAGAAUUUCAGAUCCAGUCCCCAUCUUUCCAGACAUCAAAGAAUCCAUACUGGAAUGAAACUUGUUUUUUUGAUGAUUAUUUGGCAGGGGGGGGGGGUGGGGGUGUAGGAGAGGAUAAUAGUGGGAAGUGUACUAGCCAUAGAAUUGUCCUGCCCCUUGACCCUCUAAUCUAAAGGAUGACAUUAUUACAGUAAUGAUAAAUGUAAUAGAGUAUAAGGACUGAGAAAGUUUUGAAAACAGUUUUAUUGAAUUCAUUACUACUGAAAAAAUAAGUUUACCUUUGCAGAUUUGUUUCUUGACAUAUUUUGCUGUUUUGUGUAAAUUUAAAAUGUUCAUUUAUAUGGAUUUCAAAAUUAAAGAAAUCAGAUA